UGCUGGAUAAGGCAUCAUCCCCAACAAUUGAUUGUGUGUUGGCAUUCCAAAUCUCACCUCACGAAAACUUUGCGCUUCUUUGCUGUUGUUGUUGCUCUCAAUUUGCCCAACUGGGUGGGUCUCUCUGAUAGGGUUUAGCAAUUUCAUCCCCUAAAACUGUCUGUUUUGGCAGAUGCUUUCUGAUAGCUAGAUCAGCACUUGUGUGGGUUUUGUGUGUAGUGGGCUUCGGCAACUCCUCCCCAGUUUAGGAGUUUCCAUGCCGUGGAAAAGUGGGUGGCUGGUUCUUUGACAGCCACAUCGUUGGUUACAUCUCUAGGGGAUGUUGACGAGGUGUUUAGUUUCUGGGAAUUGGCGUCGCGUAUCCCAAAGCUGAAAUGGACGCUGUCUUGUGAGGGGUUGAGUGUGUUUGUGGCGCUUGUGCAACGUGAGGAGUUCCAUGCUGUGUUUUGGAUUCAAGAAAGUUGGAGCGAUGGCACAUUCACGCGCUGCGAUGAGGCUCGCUGCUUGUGAACCCCUCCAGGUUUUAAAAAUCCGAUCGAACGCAUCAAAUUUGAUAUCUCAUGGGGGUAAUGGCGGAUUUGACCCGAUCAAGUUCAUAUCGUCAAUUACUGUUAGAAGAACUGGAAACAUUUCAAGUAGUAAGCAAACUAUUGGUGUAUCUCAAUUAUCUGGUGUGAGGAGAUUGGGGGAGGGAGGUCUGCGAGCACCUCAAUUGCCGAAAGCAGAGACAGUCCCUCGGCCGAUUCUCAGAGAGAAACAUUCCAACCUGUUGACUUGUUCACGCAAGGUUGUGGCACAUUGGCGUCAAGAAAAUCAGUCCUGGAUGCCAAUUCGGAAUUCGAGCAGUACUGUGCAAGUGGCGACCUCGAUGUUCACUCUUGGCACGGCGUUCGUUGUACCAUUCUACACAGCUAUGGUUUUUGCCCCGAAGUGGAAAUGGACUAAGAAGCUCGUGGAAAACGAUAUACCAUUUAUCGUGUUGGGCGCGAUGUACGUCUACCUUCUUUUCCUUUCAUGGACACCAGAAACUUUGGGCCUUAUGUUUGCAAGCAAAUAUUGGCUCCCAGAGCUUCCGGGCAUUACUCGCAUGUUUUCAAGCACUAUCACGGUCGCUUCAGCAUGGAUCCAUUUGCUUGUAGCUGACCUCUUUUGCGGCCGGUACGUGUAUCUGGAUGGACUUCAGCACAAAGUAGAGACUCGUCAUUCACUUGUAUUUUGCCUCAUGAUGUGCCCUAUUGGCAUCAUCUCUCAUUUGGUCACCAAGGUUCUUACAUCCUUCGCACGGCGCAUUGAUGGCGAGAGCACAACAGACAUAGGAAAAGUACUGGCGUAGGAGUGCUAUUCUAGUGCCCCCCCCCCCCCUCCUCCUCUUCGGUUGUACUGGAACGACUGUGUGGUAUUCUACCAAGACACGAAAACCGGUGUUCAACUCCUUGUACCACACGAGUGAGAGUCUAUAGGGUUUUUAUAUGAUUUAGAAGGUGCUUCUUGAGUUUGUACACUUCUUGUUUUCGUACCUUGUGUGUAGACCAGGAGAAAAAAAGUUAACCUGCCAUUAGCAUUAUCGUGGCCGUCCAGACGCCGAAUUUUCCUUUGUACAUCAGUGGAAAUGACUUGCAAGCAGAGUGAUUCUUUGAAUGAGUUCCACACUCAGCGGGAUAUGUCGCUCAGAAACCUCGCAUCUACUAAAAGACUACCUACAAAUUUCUAAAUCAUUGAAAAUCAGUAAGAGUUGCGGAAAGUGUUGUCCACCUAUAUAGCCUAGUGUAGACCGUAAAAUUGUGAUCCUAGGCACAUCAAGCACAUCCCGGAGCAGAUGUUGUAAAUGAAGCUCCGGAGCUUGAUCACAUGUGCUCCAUCGCUCCUCUUAAAAAUUAUUAUUGUUAUUAUUCA